GUCCUUAAGUAUACGUAUUCACCUUUUCUGGGGCCGGUAUAAAAGGGAAAAAUACAGCGCGGUCAGGUAUAUAUUGUAGUCGCAACCAUUCUGGGAAAUAUCACCGUCAGAAUCACCAUUAACGCAACAAAACCUUAAAAUGGCGAAAAUUGAGCUGAUGCUUGUUGUGGUAGUUGUUGCUGUGUGUGCUGUACAUGCGCAAGAUGAUUUUCGUAAAGAGGGGCUAUGCCCUGAAGUUGUACUGAAUAGUACCCACAGUUUCAACGUGAGUUUCGACUGUCUGUCCGACUCGGAGUGCAGCUACGAUCAUAAAUGCUGUCAGCGUCCCGACGGGGCGUACAGGUGUACAGAACCCCUGCCAAACGUGACUAGCACCAUGCGGACAACCACGGCAAAUAAAGUCGUUAAGCCCGGCCACUGUCCCGGACCUAGGUUCACUUUUGAAAGUCGCUGCCCUAGAGGACAAACCUGUUCCCAUGACGGCGAUUGUUACGGAGACAUGAAGUGCUGCAGUAGGUCCAGCUACGACCAAUGCCCUUCGGUCUGCAGAUACCCGGACUCCAACAGUACUUCCACCAAGACCACCAUGCGACCGGUGUCUCCGUCAUUCAAGCCGUCAAGCAAACCUCACUAUCGUCCAGGCACCUGUCCCAGCGACUAUGAGAAGUACCCUGGAUCCUUUGAAUGGUGGGACACCUUCCCCGGCAAUUACCGCUGUGAUAGCGAUGAUGACUGCGCGGAGGGUGAACUGUGCUGCAUGAAUGAGAAGUACAUCAUGGAAGGCAAUGAUUAUCGCAAACGUCGGCAAGCAGAUGACGACAGGUACCCCGGGCCCGUUUGCAUGAAAGCCAAUUUCGAUUGUGACGACGGAUAUGGGAUACACAGACAUGGCCAGAUAUACACCGCAUAUUAUGAUGACUGUAAUCUCUGUCAGUGUUACUACAGACAAACCAGCUGCUAUAAUGUCUGUGGUCAUAAUGACGACGACUACUGGUAUGAUGGCCUCUACAUGACACGAGCCUGGGUUGCUGCAGGCGUGGCUGCUGGUACUGCUCUGCUAAUCAGUGUGAUCUUCACUCUAUCCGUGUGCUGCUGCCUGAAGUGUUGUUGCAAAGACAAACAGCAGACCAUUAUGAUUCAUCAACAACCUCCCAUGGCACGACAACCCGGCAAUGCUUACUACAUGUCUCCUCCGAAAGAAGAGAAACUGUCACUGACUGAAAACGGGUACACCACGGCUUAAAAAUGGGUGAUGGUAAAGCUGACGAAAAUAGUUGUAACGCAAAUAAUAGUUCAUGGUCUCGAAAAAGCUAGAAUGUUUUAAUGCACGCGUACUUUACAGACAAAUAUUUUUAAUGUUCUCAAUGAUGGAAUUCUACGCAGCUAUACGCUUGGGAUAUAAUUCGAUAUCGAUUUGACAAGUUGAAUAAAGGGAAAAGUGCAAAGUUAAAGUGGUAAUUCCAGGUUUGUACCAUGAGGUAACCCACAAAAUCCUGUUAACCUCAUAUAACCUUGCGGUAAACCUCAAGUUACCGCCUGUGUAAUUUUGCAUUCUCCCCAGAGUUAUUUUGUAUAGGUUUUGCUAUUGCGUGGUAUACUGAACUUGUUCGGUCCUUUGAUACACUUAGUACUCAAGUAGUGUUAAGUAUGUUGGUGGUGCUUAUAGAAUUUUCUUUUUUAAUGAAUGAGGUUAUUGUUUUGAACAUUAGCUACCUAGUCCUAUAUAAUUGUAAAUAUCGCUUUAGCUUUCAGAACAAAAGAUGUACUAUAUUUGAUAUCUCAAUAUAUAAGAAUUGAUAAAAUUCGUAAAAGAUUCGCGAGAAACAGUUGUUUGUAUCUAAAAGAAACAAAACUUUAUGUCAAUAUGUCAGUAAUUAUGUUAGAGGAACAUUCCAAAAUAUUGUAAAUAUUUAUUACAAGUUUUAUGUCGUCUGUAUUUGCAACGACUGGAUUUCUCUAACUUAUUAAAUUUGCCGAGUUACAUUGUAUGAAUAACAUUCAGUACG